CAAGUUUCACGUCGUUUUAUCUCAGGGGGAAAGUUUGGAAGAGAUCGUGGAGUGUGAUUCCCUUCUCAGGACGCAGUGCGUGGCAUGGCCUCGAAAAUUCUGCACCGGUUUCGAAGGAAGGUCCGAAAAGAGAACGUAACUGAGGAAACGGCUCAAGAUUUCCCCGAAGGAUCGGAGCUUGAAGACGACACAGAGGGUCUGUCCUCCCGCCUGAGCGGGACACUGAGCUUCGAUGAUGCGGACACGGUGGCUGAGGAAGGGACCCAGCCUGACGCGGUGGACAGCGACCCUGACUUUUUACAAAGCUGGGAGAGUGAUGGAGUGGAGAACGUGGUGGAACUAUUUGGUUGCUUUGCUUUUGCAGAGAAGCCCUUGAGUGCACCCCAUCAGUACAGUCUGCUCACAAACCAGCUGCAAGAGAACUGGAAGAAAACCAAAGGGAAGUUGAUCGUAGAGAAACUGAUGUUUGAGGUGACCAGUGCCAACGUGGUGCAGGACUCGUCCUCUAAAUACGUGGCCUACACCAUAAACGUGAUCAAAUCUGGCAUGUUCGAUACUGACAAGGCGCUAAUCGUUCGACGCUACACUGAUUUUGCAAAACUGAACGAGACGCUGAACAAACACUUCAGGGAGGAAAUGGACAACAUAGUUUUUCCUCGGAAGAAAAUACGGAAGAAUUUCACGCACGAAACGAUAGCCAAACGCAGCCGAUCUUUCGAACAGUAUCUGCAGCACAUCCACUCGAUUGGGGACAUUCGCAAAUCCAAAGUGUUCUUGGAGUUCUUUUACCUGAGAGAUCUAAAGGCAGGCCAGGGGUUACUGCGAGCUGGGAUGAAUGAGGAUGCCAUUCAUACCUUGCUCAACGCUCUUCAUUUGCAAGAAAAGCUGGCCUCCCGUGACAUGGAGCACCUAGUUUUCACUCUGUCUGCUCUUUCUGUCUGCUACCAGGAACUGGAUCGGUUGGAAGAAGCUCAGGCUUACUGCGAGCGGGCCGUGCAAAUUCUGGAAAAUCAGGACAAACAUGCACUUUUGGUGCCGUUACUUCAGUCCAAUAUCAGACUUUCCUGGAAAAUAGCCAAAGACAAACGUCAGUGUGAAGCCAAACUUCAGCAACUUCAGGAUGCAGGAACAGAUGUUUUAAACCAACCUAGCCUUAAAGAACAUCUUAUUAAAGAUCUUUUAGAAUGAGUAAGAGCGGUAAUAGCUUGACGUUUACUUUUUGUAGAGUGGGAGCUGUACAAAAUUUCAUUCACAUUAAUAUUUUAUAUUUGAGGAAAUUAAAGUGGACCAAAUAUCCAGUAGAUCAAACAAUUCUGAGAAAUCCAGGAUCACCUUCAUAUCCACACUGUACUCAAUUCAAUGUACAAAGUUCAUGCAAAUAUUUGUGCCUUCCCUGAAUCAGAGUAUUAGACACAAAAAGCCAUUGAUCUGUCUCUGAUGCAAAUGAACACUGGGCUAUUCUCAUGCCUAAUCCAAAGUGCCUCAUUUACCUAUGAUUCAGCAGAUGUUUACAUAAAUGGAAAAAGUAAACACCUGCAGGGAUUAGACUGACUUCAUGGACAAUGCAGAAACAGUUAGUAGAGAAAUGCUGUUGCAGUAAGUUUAGGUGUGCUCUAAGGAUAUCUUUAGGAAGUAAUUCUGUGGUAUGUCAUCAUUCCCCUCCCACCCUUGGCUCCAACUUGGUGGCCAAGCAGGAUUGUUAAGCGCUUUAGGACAUCUUCCCAAUGUGAAAGGUGCCAUAUAAAUGAAAUACACUAUUGUAUAUAUUGGUUUCAGGAACAGUUGAUUCCAGCUUCUGUCCAUUUAAGUGGCUGUGUAAAUGUUGCUGAAUUCUGUUGCUCUGAAUUUGAUAUUGUGGAGCAGGCGAUUGCACUAAGACCAAUUUGGGGCUGUGGGGACCAGUAUUAUGUAAACUACAAGCAGACUUUUAGGUUAUACUGUAUCCC